AUGUCUUCUGCGCCUAUCCUCAACAAAAAGAAGCUGAACCCUGCUAUCCUCCCCCUUUUGGACCAGAAAGAAAUCUGGACUGACCACAUCCUCCCCUUUCUAGGCAUGGGACAGUACGCUUAUGUGGGAGCUGUCAACAAGGAGUUCAAUGGUCUUUACAAGGAGUAUUGUGAUUCUGUCAAGAAUCCUUUUAUUGUCAAACUGGGUAGCAAGCAGCGUCCAGCAAUCAGCACAGAUACUUUAUACUCUGUUGCAUUCUACAAUGUUCCAUGCGCUCAAUACUGGCACGUGGCUAAUAAAUCCAGCCAGACCCUCUCCUGUUUUCAUCAGAAUGAUGUUUGCCCUACAAUUGCCAAAGCUGGAAAUCUCCCAGUUCUCCAAUGGGCCCGCCAGAAAUCAUAUCCAUGGGAUGAAAGCACAUGCUCUGCAGCUGCUGAAGGGGGGCAUUUGGAACUUUUGAAAUGGGCUCGCAAAAAUGGAUGCCCAUGGGAUCCGGACACAUGCAGCUCUGCUGCCCGCCUUGGCCAUUUGGAACUUCUGAAAUGGGCUCAUGAGAAUGGAUGCCCAUGGAAUGAAUGGACAUGCUCGGCAGCUGCUGGAGGAGGGCAUUUGGAACUUCUGAAAUGGGCUCGUAAGAACGGUUGCCCAUGGGAUGAAGCAACAUGCGUAGUAGCUGCUGCAGGUGGUCAUUUGGAACUUUUGAAAUGGGCUCGUGAGAACGGUUGCCCUUGGGAUGAAGAAAACAUGCAAGGGCUGCUUAUGGAGGGCAUUUGA